AUGACCCGAGUCCACCAUACACAACCCACUCCCAAACCAAGAAAGGUCUUCAAGAUAACCAUGUACAACUCUGAUUGUUUCACAAGCAAUGCUAAACCUCUUUCCGUAGAACUUGGUGAUAAGAUUUUUGGCAAGAAAUCAAAAGCGGCUAGAAAGAAGAAAGUUGUCAAUACCACCAACCAUGACGAUACGGGUCUCGUUCGAGUUCCCAAAAGAGCAAUCAAACCAACACCAACAGAGGUUGAUACCAGUAUAAAUUGGAGAGAGGCAUUGAAGGAUAUUGAUCCUGCCAUCCUCGACAGAUAUUACCAACAAAGAAGAUUACGAGAAUUUGGCUCCGAAUCUGCACAAAUCUUGAACAGACGAUUGGAACCUAAUUACAGCAAAUUUGGCCAUUGGUUGUUCCUCGGAACAUGUCCCAAGGAAUUAUUGGCUCACCUCUUCACUAGGCAAGAUUGUUUGACAUGGCAAGCUCAAUACAGAGUGAAGCAAAAUGGUGUUUGGGAGAAAUAUACUCGCACCUACUAUUAUUUCAAGCAGUCUAUGCCUGAUCUAUUGGCUGGUUUUGAUUGGGGUUUGAAAGAUCAUCCCAUCACAGAAAUGUUUCAUAACCGAGAAAUUCGUUCGUUUUAUCAUGAAACAGUGUUCAUUGUAAAUCAUGACAACAGAGUGCAUAUACAUUUCUCACAAGUUACACAAGCAUAUUGUCCAAUCACAGAUAGAUGGGAAGACACAGCAUGA